AUGGUACGGACAUUCCCGCUUCCCCAGCUUGGCCCGCGCACGCGAUCGCGGAGCCCAUCCCACCGCGCCGGCCUGCUCUAUCCCCAAAGGAUCGAGAACCUUGCUAACGUGCUUGUUCCCUGGCAGCUGCCCCUCGGCUUGCUUAAUGCCGCCCAGGGUCACCCGAUGCUGGUCGAGCUCAAGAACGGCGAGACCCUCAACGGGCAUCUCGUCAACUGCGAUACCUGGAUGAACCUCACACUCAAAGAGGUUGUCCAAACGAGUCCUGAGGGUGACAAGUUUGUGCGCUUACCAGAGGUCUACGUCAAGGGCAACAAUAUCAAGUACCUACGAGUUCCCGAAGAAAUCAUCGACCUCGCCACCGAGGCGCAAAAGAACCAGCAGGGCAACUUCCGCGGCGGUCGCGGCGGCCAGUCAAGAGGGGACCACGGCGGCCGCGGAGGCGGUGACCGGGGACGAGGAGGCCGUGGCGGCGGUCGUGGUGGCCGAGGUCGCGGUCGCGGACAGUGA